AAUUGCCCAUGGAUGAAAAAGACCCUUUUUCUUUGGUCAUUUGUGCAAUCCCAACCUUUUCCCAGCAAAAUCCAAACCCUUUUGCAAUUUUUAAACCCCCUUUCUUUUUCCAUUUUUCUCUCUCUCUCUAAUCUCUCCCCAUGUGACUUCAUCUCUCUCUAUCAAUUCAGUUUUUCAAAUUCUUAUCGAAAUCCUGGGUCUUUUUCUGGACCUCAAAAGGUUCCAGAGGAAAAAAUGGAAGCUUUCUGAAGCUGCAAGUUGGAAAAUUUGAAUGAUGGGCGCUUAGGUUCGUAUCAAAAUUGAAUUUUCUGAGUUCUCUGCCGGCUGCAUUCUUUCUUUUCACCUCAAAUUCUUGGCAGAACUCGAAAGAAUCAGAAAUAAAUCAGCCAUCUUUGUUUACUCGACAAAAGGCGAGAUUCUAAACAGCUUUAGUUUACCGGGAGGGAGUUUGUACUGCGUUCAAAAGAGCAGACACGCUACCUGGCGAACUGGCAUAACACACGUCUGCAAGUUGUCAUUUUUUUGUUGAUUGAUGCUUACGAUGAGGGACUUCCCUUCUUGUUUUGGGGAAAAUGGGGUUCAGAUUGCGGAUUUUUCGUCAUCAUCUUCCUCGUCGAGAGCCACAAAAACUGCCCAGAACUUGGUAUCCUGCGUCUACCAAUGCAAAUUAAAGGGCAGAUUGUGUUUGAUCACUGUGACAUGGACCAAGAAUCUGAUGGGGCAAAGCCUCGCCAUCGAAAUCGAUGAUGCAGCCGGUCAUUGCCUCUGCAGAGUUGAGAUUAAGCCAUGGAUUUUCUCCAAGAGGAAAGGGUUGAAGAAUUUGGAGGUGGACUCUACGAAAAUCGACAUCUUGUGGGAUUUAACAAAUGCCAAAUUUGGUUCAGGACCUGAGCCAUUGGAGAAGUUUUGUCUAGCUCUUAUGUUUGAUCAAGAAAUGGUUCUGUUUCUUGGGGACUUGAAGAGGGAGGAUUUCAAAAGCCCUGCUGAGUCCAAUUCCAAGUCCAAAUCCAAAUCCAAAUCCAAAGCCGAAUUCAUAGCGAAAAGAGAGCACAUUUUUGGGAAAAAAAUUUAUGGAGCAAAGGCACAGUUCUGUGAUUUGGGCAAAACCCAUGACGUGAAAAUUGAGUGUGAAACUGCCGGGGGCCUCCAUGAGCCAUACCUUGUAAUCAGCAUUGACAGCAAGACUGUGUUGCAGGUCAAGAGGUUGAACUGGAAGUUCAGAGGCAAUCACACAAUUGUGGUAGAUGGGAUGAGAGUUGAGGUGUUUUGGGAUGUGCACAAUUGGCUGUUUGGGAAUUCAAUGGGAGAUGCAGUUUUCAUGUUCCAAACUUGCCUCAAUGUUGCUGCAGAUGAAAGCAAGAAGUUGUGGACUGGUUUGCCAGUUCUGGAUCCUUCUGUGUUGAGUUGGUCAUCCUCCUCUCAGGAGUUGAGAGAUAACCAGUUGCAGGAUUUUGGGUUUUCACUGAUCUUGCAUGCUUGGAAGAAUGAAUAGAAGUUAUGUUUUAUUUUUAUUUUUAUUUUUUUGGGGGGGGGUUUUACAUAUACUUGAAAUGCAAGUUAUGUUUUUGUGUUGCUCUCUUAUUUUGUAUCAACAUAAUUCAAGGGUAGUGAUUUUCACUCCCGUUUUCUCCUCUU